GGUACUUCACCACUCGACGGGUAGCUUGCGCCUAAGUGUAUCUCACCCGCCUUCAACUCUACCCCCCAACAGCACGCCCAAUAUGAGCGGCACUCAGCACCCUCUCUACCCACUCAUCAAGCUCUGCACAGUCACAGCCACCAAGCUCUACUACGGCCUCCUCCUCACCUACCUCAAACUCGCACCUCCCAAGCUCACCCUUCCCAUCAAUAGCUCAAGCACCACCACCAAAGCGAAAGACUACCACGAGUAUGGCUUUGCAACACUCAGCGCUUACGAUCUAGCUCUCGACUGGAAUUGUUUUCUAUAUGGUGUCAGUAAGAAGGAGAUGCAGGAGUGGUUCGAUCAAGGAUUGACCGAGGAGCAUGCAGAUAUUGGGCCGGGAAGUGGGUAUUAUCCGGUACACUCCAAGCGACUGCCCGCCUUGAUCGCCUCCUCCACCCCCAGCAAGCCAAUCGCCUACCACGCCUUCGACACACAAGAGACCUCCCUCCUAUACCUCACCUCUCGCCUCUCAUCGCGGUUUCCUCUCACGACCAGCUCCUCCUUGCCCUCAACCGCUAGCGGCAACGGCACUCCCUCCAAUCCCAGUCUCGCGCUACAGACCCACCUCUUCGACGCCCGUCAGCACGCUCGUGCCCGAAGUGAAUUCGGAGGGAAGAUGCAGAGCGUCAAUAUGCACUUUUUGCUGCACUGCAUCCCACCCACUGAGGGUGGUGGGCCAGAAGACAAGUUUGAAGCGGUGUUGAAGACGGCGUGGGAGAUGUUGAAGCCGGGCGGGAGCGUUUACGGGACGACCAUCCUCGAUCCUCUCGCCCCCUCAGCUCCAGGGAGACUCAAUAGUUCCUUUCCCCCCACCUCGCUCCGCCUGCAGCCUGCCCUCGCCCUAAUCUCCUGGCUGCAGAGCGUUGGAGUACUCUGCAAUCAGGGCGACUCCCUCAACGCCCUGCUCUGCGCGGCUCAGCCUGUGGGCUUUGAGUUCGAGGAGAGAGGGGGGAGAGACGUCUACUUGAGGGGAGUGGUGUGCUUUUUUAGAUUUCGUAAGCCAGAGGAGAGGAAGGAUGAGGCUUGA